GAGGAGGAGCAGCGGCCCCGCUCCGCUCUCGGCGAGCUCAACAAAGGGCGUCGGGGCAUGGCGGGGGCCGGGGCCGGGGCCGGGCCGCCCGCCUAGCGCCGGUGCGGGCCGGGAUGGCGGCGCAGGGCGGCGGGUGGCGGUGGGCGCUGGUGAUGGCGUUGGCGCUGGGCGGCCGCCGCUGCUGCUGCCCCGCCGCCCCCUUCCUCAACGCUUCGGCCGUGCCCGAGCGCUGCCGCCGGCCCGCGCCCUGCGAACGGCUCCGGUACGGUGCCUGCCUGGGCUCGGCCCUGCCCUACGCCGCCACCUCCACGCUGCUGGCCGCCGACUCCGCCUCGCAGGAGGAGGCUCACGGAAAGCUGCUGCUCUGGUCCGGCCUGCGCAACGCCCCGCGCUGCUGGGACGUCAUCCAGCCCCUGCUCUGCGCCGUCUACAUGCCCAAGUGUGAGGACGGGCAGGUGGAGCUGCCCAGCCAGACCCUCUGCCAGGCCACCCGGGCGCCCUGCACCAUCGUGGAGCGCGAGCGCGGCUGGCCCGACUUCCUCAAGUGCACGCCCGACCGUUUCCCCGAGGGAUGCCCGAACGAGGUGCAGAACAUCAAGUUCAACAGCUCGGGGCAGUGCGAGGCGCCGCUGGUGCGGACGGACAACCCCAAGAGCUGGUACGAGGACGUGGAGGGUUGCGGCAUCCAGUGCCAGAACCCGCUCUUCACCGACCAGGAGCACCGCGAGAUGCACGUCUACAUCGCCGCCUUCAGCUCCGUCACCAUCUUCUGCACCUUCUUCACCCUGGCCACGUUCGUCGCUGACUGGAGGAACUCCAACCGCUACCCCGCCGUCAUCCUCUUCUACGUCAACGCCUGCUUCUUUGUGGGCAGCAUCGGCUGGCUGGCGCAGUUCAUGGACGGCGCCCGCGACGAGAUCGUGUGCCGGGCCGACGGCACCAUGAGGCUGGGGGAACCCACCUCCAACGAGACGCUCUCCUGCGUCAUCAUCUUCGUCAUCGUUUACUACUCGCUGAUGUCGGGUGUCAUCUGGUUCGUCAUGCUGACCUACGCCUGGCACACCUCCUUCAAGGCGCUGGGCACCACCUACCAACCGCUGCUGGGCAAGACCUCCUACUUCCACCUCAUCACCUGGUCCAUCCCCUUCGUCCUCACCGUGGCCAUCCUGGCCGUGGCGCAGGUGGACGGUGACUCCGUCAGCGGCAUCUGCUUCGUUGGGUACAAGAACUACCGCUACCGGGCCGGCUUCGUCCUGGCCCCCAUCGGGCUCGUCCUCAUCGUGGGGGGCUAUUUCCUCAUCCGGGGGGUCAUGACGCUCUUCUCCAUCAAGAGCAACCACCCCGGGCUGCUGAGCGAGAAGGCGGCCAGCAAGAUCAACGAGACCAUGCUGCGGCUGGGCAUCUUCGGCUUCUUGGCCUUCGGCUUUGUCUUCAUCACUUUCGGUUGCCACUUCUAUGACUUCUUCAACCAGGCGGAGUGGGAGCGCAGCUUUCGGGAAUACGUCCUCUGCGAGGCCAACGUGACCAUCGCCACCCAGACCAACAAGCCCAUCCCGGACUGCGAGAUCAAGAACCGGCCCAGCCUACUGGUGGAGAAGAUCAACCUCUUUGCCAUGUUCGGCACCGGCGUCUCCAUGAGCACCUGGGUCUGGACCAAGGCCACCCUGCUCAUCUGGAAGCGCACCUGGUGCAGGCUGACGGGGCAGAGCGACGACCAGCCCAAGAGAAUCAAGAAGAGCAAGAUGAUCGCGAAGGCCUUCUCCAAGCGCAAGGAGCUGCUGCGCGACCCGGGCCAGGAGUUGUCCUUCAGCAUGCACACCGUCUCGCACGACGGCCCCGUGGCUGGUUUAGCGUUCGACGUCAACGAGCCGUCGGCGGAUGUGUCCUCGGCGUGGGCCCAGCACGUCACCAAGAUGGUGGCCAGGAGAGGGGCUAUCCUGCCUCAGGACAUCUCCGUGACGCCCGUGGCGACGCCUGUGCCACCGGAGGAGAGGGCCAACCUCUGGGUGGUGGAGGCCGACGUUUCCCCCGAGCUGCAGAAACGCAACGCCCGCAAGAAGAAACGGAGGAAGAAGAAGAAGAAGGAGGUAUGCCCAGAUCCCGAGCGCUGCUUGGGGGGCUCCACAGCCCCCCUGGCUCCCAGCACCGUCCCUCGCCUGCCCCGGCUGCCCCCCCAGCCCUGCCUGGUCGCCUUCGCCCCCGAUGUCAUCCCGGGGCUCCCGCCCGGUCAGCCCGAAGCCGCUUUCGCCGGGGGGCCGUGGGACAGCCGUCGCAGAGCCAACGUCUUCCACCUCAUCAGCAACCCCUUCUGCCCCGAGAGCGGGACCCCGGAGGAGGAGAGCCCCGGCCCCAGCACCGGGCGCUGGCAGCACAACGGGGGUCCGCUCUGGCCCCCCGACCCCGGCACCCUGCCCCGCGGCGGGGGGCCCAGGACUCAGGGCCGACGGGCCGGCUUGGCCCCCAUCCACUCCCGGACCAACCUGGUGGACGCGGAGCUGCUGGACGCCGAUUCGGACUUUUAAAACCCCGGCGGGAUGUUGGCGAGGGGACGAGGACGCUUGGAGUGACACCCAAAGCCUCGUCCUGCACGGACAACCUGCGAGGGGGCCACCGGAGCCCACCCCGUCCCGCCGGGACCCGCGCCGAGCACCCCGCCGGCCUGGCCACCGCCCACUCCUCCCCUCGGAGGACGACGUUUCUCCCCACGUCGCCCAGGCUUGAUGCAAGACGCCGGCAGAAAGCUUUUGGGGGCGUCCCCCUCUCCGGCGUCGCCGGGUGAAGAGAAACGGGGUGUCGGUGGAACAAACCCCACCCAGGUCCUGCAGGGAUUUAAGGACAGUUGAAUCGAUUUGCCAGCCGACGAGGACGGGGUGGCCCUCCCGUGACAGCGGGCGAGCGGAGGUCAGGGUAGAUUUGUGGUGAGUUUUGUCCCACAUCCAGGGGUGCUGGGACCCGCUGACACCCCCUCACUCACCCUCUGCCCCCGCCCACGGCGAGAUGGUACGUAGAGCUUACGAACACUUGUGCCAAUAGGUUGUUUUUUGUUGGUUUUUUUUUUUUUUGUUGUUCUGUUUUUUUACAUUUUUUAAUUUUUAAAUCUUUGUAUAAUACGCCGAGAUGUGACGGCCGGGCACGGCCUCCGCUCGGGUGCUGCGGCCGAGAGCGGGAUGAGCUGCCCUGCCUCUCCCCGUCACGGGGCGGCAGCAGCAUCCCCCGGGGUACGCCCGUUUUUUUUGGGUGCACCCCAGUUUCUUCAGGGGUCCCAAAGUGCCUUCCAGCUCCUCAGAGAGCUGAACCAGACCCAACCCGGAGGCUUGGUGGGACGGUGGUCCCCGGCCACAGGAGACGGGGGGCCGUGUUGGGGUGCACGGGUGCUCCCUGAGCCAUGAUGCAAAAAAAAAAAAAAAAAAAAUAAAAAAAAAUUAAACUUUAAAACCCCGGGGCGCGCAAGGCGGGCCGGGGUCACCUUUGCUGUCUGGGUGCACCAGCCCCUUGAGCAAAGGGGUUUUUUUAUUAUUUUUUUAAGAAGAAAAACCCAAGUUACAGCGAACCUGGCCGAGCCCUGAGGUAGGAGGACUCCAGUCCCUGCUGGUGUUUUGUAUCUGUCCAUUAUCCCUAUCCAUGUUUUUAUUAAAUCCUGGUAGGCUCCUGGCUUUCUCGCUAUCCCGGUGACCUCCACGGGUUCAUUUUUGCUGUGUAAAGGAAAACCCUCCUGUAUCAGUAUUAAAUUUGCCAAGUUUCCAUUGCCA